AUGGAUUUCAUAACACGAUUUCAAAGGGCACUUUCCCAUCAACGUCAAAAUGAGUUACUUGCUGAUUACAUUGAUGCAUUUGAAAAGCCUCAAUGUGCUUUAUUGAUGACAAUGGAUAAACAAAUGGCUGAAAUAUACACAAAGGCAAUGUUUCAAAGAUGGAAGAAAACUGCAAAAUCUGGACUUGUGUCAGAUUCAAAUGGCAAUGAAAUUAAAGAUUCUGAGAACAAUUCUCUCCUAAUAAAGCGAAGUAGAAUGUCCAGACUUGCUUCAGAUGUAAUUGAGCAUGCCUUAAUGUCCGAAGAAGGUUAUGAGCUAUUGUCGAAUAAUCUAAACGAUUCGUGGGUGACGUUGAAGUUAUUGAAUGAUGGGGUUGGUCCUAGUGAAGUUGGAGGGUCCAGCUCCCAAACACAAUAUUUGAAGGACCCUAAAAGAGUAACGCACAAAGGAAACUCGAAACGAGUAAAGGGAGCAAAGGAAACGAGAAUGGAGCGAGGGAUCCGACAUUGUCAGCAGUGUGGACAAACUAGUCAUGAUAUAAGACGAUGUCCAAGAAUGGCGAACACACCGACAUCCCCAUCAAACAAUGAAGAAUCAACUUCGAUCAAUCUUAGUGACCCGUUAUUCGAUGAAUUUGAUAGCAUGCACGGACCUACCAAGUGA